CACGCUGGAAAGAACAGAAUGCAGGAAAGAACUGGAGCGAGCAGGGCAAUGCAGGAAAUGCAGAUAUGUGCAGGCUGAGAACAUACACACAGGGAGGAACUUGGGAGGAGUUUUCCCUGCUGCUGCUGCAGACUUCUGCCUGUCAGUCAGUGCUAUGACCACUUCCUGAGAAAGAACGAAGAGAUACUCCCAUUCCUCAUUUCAGCAAAAAACGCUGAAGAGAAAAAAUCCCUCUGCAGUUCUCAUGUUAUGACAUUUUUAGGAGAGAUGGCUGACUGUUCUGCGCUGGAGAGUCUAAUUGAAAUGGGAUUUUCACCCAGUAGAGCGGAGAAGGCACUGUCUGCCACUGGCAAUCAGGGAAUAGAGCCAGCCAUGGACUGGUUAGUAGAACAUGAAGAUGAUCCUGAUAUUAAAGAACCAAGUGUGGUUAUUCCCGAAGACAGUGGUACUGACACAACGGAUACAACUGAUACACAAGCCAUGGACACCAGCGCAGAAAGACUUCCCCUGACAGAAGAGGAGAAAGAGAAACAGACAAAAAGAAUGAUGGAACUCAUUGCCCAGAAGCAAAAAGAGCGAGAAGAACGAGAGAAGAGGGAAAGGAUUGAACAGGAAAAGCAGAGACGAAAGCAUGGUCAAGAACUGUCAGCAAUCAAGCAGAGAAUGCAAGAACAAGAGAUGCAAAAAGCAGCUGAAGAUAGAAGAAGAGAAAAACAAGAAGAGAGGUUGGCAAGGGAAAGAGUCCGGGAAAAAAUUGCACGAGAUAAAGCUGACAGAGCAAGAAAGUUUGGGGGAGCAGGUUCAGAACCAAUCUCACCUCCAGCAGAGACCUCUGUUCCAGCUACUGCUCCAUCCCCAUCUUCCCCAGUACAAGAGCCGCCCACUAAGAAAGAAUAUGAUCAGUGCCGUAUUCAGGUGCGCCUGCUUGAUGGAUCUGCCUUAUCUCAGACUUUCCGUGCUCGGGAGCAGCUAGCUGCUGUACGUCUGUAUGUGGAGCUGAACUGGCCUGGGGGACCUCCGGAGCCAUUCAGUCUCCUCACAAGCUUCCCACGAAGAGUCUUCACAGAAGAGGACAUGGAAAAGCCCUUACAAGAACUGGGUUUGGUGCCUACUGCGGUCCUGAUUGUUGCUAAAAAAUAAAACUGCAUGUUAUUCUUAACCACCCGAACACAUCAAAUGCAGAGUCUGCUCCCCAGAACAGCACAGACUACAGGAGAGACCUACCGUAUCUAUUCCUGGGAAGACAACACACAGACUGUUCUUCACUCACCUCCCUGAGGUGCACUGUAGUGUGUGUGUAUUUAGAGGGAGAAAUAAACCAGUGUGAUAUAAACAUC